AUGUUGCGUAUUGAAAUUAGCCAAUUCUAUUUUUCAUUAUGUCGAUAUUCGUCCACAAUCACUGAUAAUCGUAUAGUUUUUGAUAAUACAUCACAUUUUAUUCAUCACUAUCCUGAAUUUAUCUGUCCACAAAAUUUUCGAAAUUUGGCUGAUUGGGUUUAUAGUUGGCCUAAAAAUACAUUCAAUGAACAUAUUGAAAGUAACGCUAAUGAUAGUUAUGUGAUUGCACCUAAUCUUCCACACGGUAGUAUAAUCUAUAUUCAACCCAACGGUAUUUCCACCUUUUUUCAGAGAAUUUAUCCAUAUUUACAGAAUAAAUUUGUAUUGAUUACCGGUCAAAGUGAUUAUUCAGUACCAGGUCAAAAUCUUUAUUAUCUUGAAAGAUUCGAUUCAAAAAUUAUUCACUGGUUCGGUCAAAAUGGAGAUAUCCAUUCAUGGAGAAGUGAGCGCUUUACUCAUAUACCUAUUGGUAAGAAUACAAUAUAG